UAUGUGACGUGGUGUGACGUCACGCAGGCAGCACGUUGUGAGGCUUUCAGCACUCUGCCUGUCAGUCACUGUCUCAGUGAGCUAGCUCUCCGGACUCUCACACAGGUUAGUAAUCAGUGGCAGCCUGGGCAUAAUACUGCUCAUUAUAAUAUAUAUUUACUGUUUAUAAAUAACCUGCAAUGGCAGGGCACUCAGUGUAUGUUAGUGUUAUCUUUUAUAUAAUGUCUGUAAAUAUUGUACAGCACUGCAGAACAUGUUGGUGCUAUAUAAAAUAAUAAUAAUCUUAUUAAUACUUGUGAAUUAUACUCCCAGCAGCCAGCUCGUGUAUUCCUGUGAACACGCUCUGUGACAGGAGCUGGCCAGCCAUGCCAGACCCUCAUUACAGUGAGAAUUGCUGGGAAUGUGAAUCACAGUGAAACUCAGACUAUAGGAUGACAUAAAGCCGGGCUGGAAACAUUGUCCAGUUUGGGUAUUCUGGACUAAAACUCAGAGUUUAGUGGACGAUCCGGACUGGCAUGGUUAUUCCAUAGCGUAUUAGUUAGGAAUUAUCAGCAAAUUUAAAAAUUUUAGCUCAAAAUAGCAAAACAGAAACAUCUGACUUGGGAGAUUUUUUUUUAAACUUUUGUUGCCUGAAGUUUAAAGUUCUCUGUCAGGGUUGCUCACUAAACUACAAAUAAAAUUGAAUAGAAAUUAAAAUAGAAAACUUUAAAUGGACACUGUAGGCACCCAGACUACUUCAGCUCAUUGAAGUGGUCUGGGUGCAAACUCCUAUCACCCAGACCACUAGUAGACAGUCACUAGAGGAGGAGUUAACCCUGCAAGGUAAAUAUUGCAGUUUAUGAAAACUCCAAUAAUUACACUUGCAGGGUUAAGGGUAGGAGUUGGCACCCAGACCACUCCAAUGGGCAGAAGUGGUCUGGGUGCCUCGAGUGUCCUUAUAACCCUAGAGUGGUAAUUAUUGCAGUUUUUAUAAACUGCAAUAAUUACCAGGUAGGGUUAACUCCUCCUCUAGUGUCUGUCUACCAGACAGCCACUAGAUGGACUUCCUGAAUUGAAAUGGACCUUUGGUCCGUUAUCUGACACUGGAUAUCCUCAUGCUCCCCAGACAAGCACCGCGGCAGUGCAAGGGCGCCUCAUUCGCUUGCCCCUUGCCCUGUAUGUGUGGACAAGUGGGCGGGAUAAUAAAAAUUUUCUAGGGCGGCAAAAAUCUUUGCACCAGCCCUGGACAUGAGGGAGGGGAGCACUGUUGGAUUUUAUAGUGCCAGGAAAACGGCUUUGUUAUCCUGGCACUAUAGAAUCCCUUCAAGCAAAAAAAAUCUUAACUACCAAAAAGUCUCCUUAUCAGCGGUGGCACAACUGGAUUUGAUUUUAUUUGCUUUGGUUGGUGAGUUUUUAGUGGUUUGGUGACACUGUAGCAUCAUUAGGACCCCCACCCUCAGGAUCCCCCUCCCUCGGUGCUGAAGGGGUUAAAACCCCUUCAGCCACUUACCUUUAUCCAGCACUGGUGACCUCUCCUCCCCCUCCGAUGUCAGCACCCGAGUGGAGCGGAAUUCGCAUGCGCGGCAAGUGUCGCGCGCGCAUUCAAACAGUCCAUAGGAAAGCAUUUCUCAAUGCAUUUUGCAGAAGCGCCUCUAGCUGCUGUCAGGAAGACAGCCACUAGAGGUUGGAUUAACCCUGCAAUGUAAACAUAGCAGUUUCUCUGAAGGGUUAAAACCUGCGGGACCUGGCACCCAGACCACUUCAUUGAGCUGAAGUGAUCUGGGUAACUAUAGUGUCCCUUUAAAGGGACACUGUAGGGACCAGAAUGACUGACUACAACUUAGUGUAGUUGUUACGAUGUCUCUAGCAUGCCCCUUUAGGCAUUUUAAUGUAAACACUGCCUUUUCAUAGGAAAGGGUAUUUUUACAUUACUGCCUAGGGACACCUCCAGUGGCUCUCUCUCUGAGGAGAUACUGAUAGGCCAGCGGAGUGUUUUGCUGUGCAUGCACGAUAGUCUCCCAAUGUUUUCCUAUUUUAAAGCGUUGGAUUGAUUAAGAUCGUCUAUUUUGAUGAUCUCGGCUAAGGAGGCGGAUUGGGAGCAGAACCAGCACCGGCAGAUCCGUGCUGCCCUGGAAAAAAGGAGAGUUAAUUCACUUUUUACAUAGUUCAUAGUUAUAUUACAGCUACAGUGAGAGGAAUAAGUGUCAGUUUCCCUGUAAACAAGCGCGCUGUAGUAGUUAUGGAACUAGGAGUGCCCUGGCGCACACAGUCAUGAAUAUUCAAACCAUUUUAGAGCUGUUUGACUUCUUACCUUAGUUCUCUGGGGGCUGCUCCCCGCUUGCACUACUUUAAUUGGAGAGACGGAUGUUUCUAAGCAGGAGCUUCUGUUAUGUCUCCUAAGUUACAGCGCAUUAGCCAAGAGCUUCACCUGAGCUCUGGCUCUCUGGUGGAGGCAGGGAAAUCCAUCUGACCGACCACAGGUAAUAAGUCAAACCGUCUUAAAAUUGAGGGGGCAGAGCACAACUGGCACCAUAACCACAAAGAGUAUUCAAUAUGACAGUUAUUCUUUAAACUAUAUUAAAAUUCUGCAGGGUUUAGCUUGUGAAGCAUUAUGUGCAGGUUUUGAAAUUAUUAUGUGUCACUUUUCCUUGAUUUGAGAUCCAAAACUGUCCCACUGUAUUUUCUGUCCCUUCUCCUUAAUUACUUGGGACCACCAGCACCUUUCAGGCAGGUAUAGACCCCUCUGCCUAUGCAACAAAGUAUACUGGCUGCAACAUCCAUGCUGUGCAGAUAUGUGCACAUAUUCAAAUACAGGAAUACCUCGCUUAACGCUGUAGAUAGGUUCCAACUGCAAUGAGUGCUAAGCAAAACAGCUCUAAACGGGGCUGUUUAACAUGGUUAAGAUAGGCAUAGGGAAUCAACUUUGAAAAAAAGACACACCAAUUGAAUUUAAAACUUUUAAAAAAAAUUUUUUACUUGCUGUGAACUGCACACAGCAGCAUAAAUAAAAAGCUAAAUAAACUAACGGUUUUGCACCCAAUAAAUUAAAAUAAACAGUACCAAAUUAAAGUAACAGUCCAAAAAAAAAAAAUUUAAAUGGUGGAUGUGGAGGCUCCUGGGUCCUCCUCCUGCCUUGUUUUUUUGGCCACAAAUUGGUCAUUGGGUCAUUUGUCUAUGCUUCUUGCGGCUAUCCAGCAGAUGGCGGUAGCAAGACACCCCUCCCAGCACAAUGCGCCUUGCAUUGCUGCUCCUAGUUGCAUCAGGAUCAUUGGCUACCAGCUCAUCCAUUAUGUCAUUGACCUGAUGCAAUGCCCUCUUUAGGAGCUCAGAGGAAAGCUCUUUUGGAGGCUCAGUGUCCGAGUCGCUGGUGUCCUGAGGUUUCUGUGUGCCCUGUUCAGCCAGUUCUUCAAGGUCCUCAUUGUUGAGGCUCUCACCUGAAGCCUGGACUAACUGCUCAAUGUCCUGAGCAUCUGUGUCUCCUAGUCCAGCCGUGGUCACAAGGUCAGCUAUCUCCGCUAUGAUGGGCUCUGGUAGUUGCACAUCCUCACACAGCUCUGGCCAGAUCUUUUUCCACACAGCCUUGAGGCACUGCUGUGUCACCUCCUUCCAGGAAAGAUCAAUGUUGGAGACAGCCUUCAUAAUGUGGUACUGCUUCCAGAAGUCCAACAUUGACUGCUUGUCCUCGCGGUCCGUGUGUUCAAUCAGCUGAUGGAAUGUGCGGCGGAGAUAGUAGGCCUUGAAGGUUGCAAUCACCCCCUGGUCCAUAGUCUAGAUAAGCGAUGUUGUGUUGGGCGGUAGGAACAGGACCUCCACAGGAAUGCAGGUGGGCAGCUCAGCCAAGUUAGUCGGGUGGCUCGGCGCAUUGUCCAUGAUGAGCAGCUCUUUCUCCUCCAGUCCCUUGCGCCGACAAUAACGUUGCACGGAAGGACAGAAAUGGUCAUUGAACCACUCUGUAAAAAUAUCUCUGGUGAUCCAUGCCUUCCUGUUUGCCUUCCAAAUGACUGGCAAGCUGGACUUGCUAAUGCCCCUCAUUGCCCUCGGUGUCUGGGAGUGGUACACCAGCAAUGGCUUUAUACAGAAGUCACCGCUGGCAUUCCCACCCAAAAGAAGGGUCAGCCUGUCUUUCGUCGCUUUAAAGCCCGGUGCCCUUUAAAGAGGCUGGAAAGGCUGCAGCAGCUCCAGUGUCCGCACUUGCCGCUUCACCAGUGAUCUUAAGGUUGUAAAGGUUGUACCUUAAAGCGGUCAAACCAACCUCCACUUGCUGCAAAACUCUCCAUCACAUCUGGAUCUUGACUUUGUAUGUGAGGGAAAAUGCUCUUCGCCUUCUCCAUCAAGAUGGCCUGUCUGAGAGGCAUGUUACGCUCCAGCGCAUCAUCUAUCCAUAUGGAAAGUCUCUUCUCCCUCUCCUCAAGAUCGUAGGACCUGGAGCGGGUGAUCUUCUUUGCUGAAGUAGCAGUGCUGGUCGUCGCCGAAGUAGGGAUCUUAUCCUUGUUUUUGAGGAUAGUGCGGAUAGUGGAGGUAGGCAAAUGGAGAUCUGCCCCGAUAUCCACCUGGCGCUCUAAUUUAUCCAGGCGGUCCAGUACUUGGAUCUUGACAUCCAGAGGAAUACUCUGGCGCUUGCCCUUAGCCUGCUCCUCUUUGCGUUCAGACAUCUGUAAAACAGUAUAAAAAUACAAUGAAUGUAGAUUUUCAUUAUGCAACACAAUGGAACAAUGACAAUACAGUAUUCUGUACUGUACCUUGCCAGCAGAUGUUCUCUGCAGGGUUUGGGGGUCCCUGAUAACAAUCACUAGAUGUGACUAUCCCCCCCCCCCCCAACAAUUUUUUUUACAUUUUUUUUUUUUUUUAUAAUUAAUAAUCACAUUAUUAAAAACAAGGGAACAAAGAAAGUAUUCUGUACCUUGCCAAUGGGUUUUCCAGGUUGGAUUUUGCUGUCUCUCUCUUUCUGGCUCUCACUGGUUCUUUCUCCCAUGGUGCCCCUGUUAACGCUGUAACGACACAUUAACACUCUUUUAGCAUUAAGCAGGUCGUGCACAGAAAAAAACAGUGCUAUAGCUGGGUUUAGCGCUCUGCGAGUACCAGUACGGUAACAGCGCUAUAGCGAAUCAGUGCUAUGCGGGGUAGCGUUAAACAGGGUAUUCCUGUAUGCACAUUCUCUGUGUUAAACCUUUAGAUAUUGCACAACACAAUGGAAAUAGAGGAGGACUUUAAAGAUAGUGAUACUUUUAUCUAGAUUCUGUUAUAAUGUGUUAAAACUUACCUUUUUCUUGUAGUGAUUGGUGUACAUAUGCUACUAGUGUCAAAAUUCUAAAACUUGCAAAAAGUGAGAAUGGAAAACUAUAUUUUAUAUGAAGAGUUUGGGAAAGGAAGCAAGUCUGUCGUGUACAAGGGCAGAAGAAAAGGCACUAUCAACUUUGUUGCUAUACUUUGCAUAGACAAAAGUAAAAGACCUGAAUUAACAAACUGGGUAAGUAGGUCACGGAUUAUGGCAGUAAGUGCAUUGUGGGAGAUUGUAGUUCAUGACAUCUGGAGAGGUGAAGGAUGCCUACACCUGGUCUACCGUCUAGGCAGUAGACCAGGGGUACGCUUCCUUCACCUCUCUGUAGCCCUAGACUCUUUUCCUUCAUUUUAUAAAUGAAUAAUAUUUAAUGUUUUUGGAAAGACAAUAGCAUCUUUGGUUCAUAACAGUAAAUUUGGAAAGUAAAAAUAUUUAUAUCUAAAUCUACACAUUGUGUUGGCAUAAAUGUAUAUAUUUAAAAAAAAAAAAAAAAAAAGUUAAAAUUAGAACCUCAUUACCUGUGAUCCCACAGAGGCCAAGUUCUCCUUACCACUUUUUCCUCCUUGGAUGGCACAGAGGGGGUCUGUGCCGCCAUUAAUCUUCUGCCAUUGGCAUACAAUGCAUGAUGACUAUAGACAUCUUUGAUGCUCAAAAUUAAUACUCUGCCUCAGGUAGCACACAUUUUCUUUGUAAGUGCUGCACAUACUGACUCCAAGCUCUGUGACCACUUCAUAUCAGUGAAAUGGUACUUUGAGUAACCUUUAGUAACCUUUUUGUACGAAAAUGCCACCAGAACAACUUUUCUUAUAAGUAGUCAUACUGUUGUCUUGUUCAUGGCCUUGAAUGCUUAUUUCAUUUUAUUUUCUAGGUUCGUUUAAUACACAGCAUAAAACACAAGAAUGUGGUCACUUUUUAUGAGUGGUAUGAAACCAGUAACCACCUGUGGCUUGUUGUGGAACUGUGUACUGGUAAGUUUAUGGUUUGUCUGUUUGUAUUUUGUCCCCCCCAGCAUGAGCGAUUAUAAAGCAAAAAGGAGUAUGUUUAUUCUUAACAUUUUAUCAAACACAAUGUAAAUUGUAUUUAAAGGGACACUAUAGUCACCAGAACAACUACAGCUUAAUGUAGUUGUUCUGGUUAGUAUAAUCAUUGACUUCAGGCAUUUUCAUGUAAACGCUGCCUUUUCAGAAAAAAGGCAGUGUUUACAUUGCCCCUAGGGCAGUGAUGGCAAAUCUUUUUGAGCCCGAGUGCCCAAACCACAAUACAUGCCAACUUUUUUUUCCUCAAAGUGCCAACAUGGCAAUUAUAUCUGAAUACUGAGGUUUAAGUUUAGAAAAAAACUACUCGUACAGUUGUCCGAACUAAUUAACAACUUUUGUUUUAAAAGAAGAACACAACAGAGAGUUCAAUGAUACACAUUUUAAAUUAUGAUAAAUAAUUAAAAUUAAGCUUAUAUUUAUUAGUAUCUCCAACAAAUACAAUACAUACACACAGACUGCUGAACAUUCACACACCGUCCGCUAAAUACAAACAUACACACACACCGUCCGCUAAAUACAUACAUACACACGCACCGUCCGCUAAAUACAUACAUACACACGCACCGUCUGCUAAAUACAUACAUACACACACACACACACACACACACCGCCUACAAAUACAUACAUACACACACACCUUCCAGCAUAUAAUACAUACACACACACACACCAGUUAAAUACAUACACACACACACAACAACACACAUACACACACACACACUGGGUUCACAAUACAUACACACACACACACCGGGUCCGUAAAUACAUACACACACACACACACCGUCUGCUAAAUACAUACACACACACACAUCGUCCGCUAUAUACAUACAUACACACACACACACCGUCCGCUAAAUACAUACACACACACACACCGUCCGCUAAAUACAUACACACACACACACACACACACACACACACCGUCCGCUAAAUACACAUACAGACAGAUUGCUGAAUACACACAGACUGCUAAAUACAUACACUGCUGAAAACAUACACUGCUGAGUACACACACACUCACAGACUGCUGAGUACACAGACUGCUGAAUACAUACACACACACAGAAUGCUGAAUACACACAGUCUGCUGAAUACGUACACUGCUGAGUACACACACACAGACUGCUGAAUACAUACACACACUGCUGAAUACAUAUACACACACACUGCUGAAUACAUAUACACACACACACACACUGCUGAAUACAUAUACACACACACACACACUGCUGAAUACAUACACACACACACACACAGACUGCUGAAUACAUACACUGCUGAGUACACACACACAGACUGCUGAAUACAUACACACACACACUGCUGAGUACACACAGACUGUUGAAUGCAUAUACACACACACACACACACACUGCUGAAUACAUACACACACACACACAGACUGCUGAAUACAUACACUGCUGAGUACACAUACAUACACUGCUGAGUACACACAGACUGCUGAAUGCAUACACCCACACACACAGACUGCUGAAUGCAUACACCCACACACACAGACUGCUGAAUGCAUACACCCACACACACAGACACACACACACACAGACUGCUGAAUGCAUACACUGCUGAAUACAUACACUGCUGAGUACACAUACAUACACUGCUGAGUACACACAGACUGCCGAAUGCAUACACCCACACACACAGACUGCUGAAUGCAUACACCCACACACACAGACUGCUGAAUACACACACACACACACACACACACACACAGACACAGACUGCUGAAUACACCCCCACAGACACAGACUGCUGAAUACACCCCCACACACAGACUGCUGAAUACACCCCCACACACCCACACACAGACUGCUGAAUACACCCACACACAGACUGCUGAAUACACCCACACACAGACUGCUGAAUACAUCCACACACAGACUGCUGAAUACAUCCACACACAGACUGCUGAAUACUCCCACACACAGACUGCUGAAUACACCCACACACAGACUGCUGAAUACACCCACACACACACACACAUACUGCUGAAUACACACACACACACACACACACACAUACUGCUGAAUACACACACACACGCACACACACAUACUGCUGAAUACACACACACACACACAUACUGCUGAAUACACACACACACACACACACACAUACUGCUGAAUACUCCCACACACAGACUGCUGAAUACACCCACACACAGACUGCUGAAUACACCCACACAGACUGUUGAAUACACCCACCCACCCACCCACACACACACACACAGACUGCUGAAUAUAUACACACACAGACUGCUGAAUACAUACACACACACACACACACACACACAGACUGCUGAAUACACACAUACAUACUGCAUUGAGGGGUGCAGUGUAUGUGUUUGUGUGUAAGGGUGUGGAGUGCUGUGUGUGUGGGGGUGCUGUGUGUGUGUGUGGGGGGGGUUAGGGGUGAUGUGCUGUGUGGGGGUAGGGGUUAGGGGUGAUGUGCUGUGUGGGGGUAGGGGUGCUGUGUGGGGUAGGGGUAAUGAUAUAUAUUAAUUCUGUAUCCCCCCUCCCUUCCUUUUACCUUUGGCGAAGGAGGGGGGACACAGCCAUCUCUGGUGGUCCGGUGGUGGUGGUGGUGGUGGUGGUAAGUAUUGUAGGAAGCAGCUCUCCUAUCCUCCCGCGCAAUGCUGUGUGGAGCAUUGCCAUGGUAACGCUUCACACAGCUUGCUCGCAGGAGGAUAGGAGAGCUGCUUCCUAGAGCCCCCCCCGCCUCUGACCCGGAAGCAGAGUAGGCCCCCUCUCCUGGUGACCUAUGGCCGCGUGCCAACAGAGAGGGCCUGGCGUACCAUAGGUUCGCCAUCACUGCCCUAGGGAUACCUCCAAGUGGCCACUCCUUAGAUGGCCACUGUGGGGGGGUGGCUCCCUGGCUCAGGGCUGCCGUUCAGCGUCCCCACGUUCUGCAUGGAGAUGCUGAAUUUUCCUCAUAGAGAUGCAUUGAUUCAAAGGGGGCGGAGCCAGCACUUGCGGACCCGCGAGGCGCUGGAAAUAAGGUGAGUUUUAAACUUUUAUAGGGUGGCUAAGGGAGGGCAAGCCACCUAAAUGGUGGGUAAAACACUAUAGGGUCAGUAAUACAUGUUUGUGUUCCUGAUCCUAUAGUGAUUCUUUAAGAUUACAAAUGAUUGUUUUUAUAUUCAAGGAAAGUUAUUUCCCAGUAAGAUAUUUUUCUCACCAAUAUUUGUUUGUUUGUUUUUUUGCCUGGUUUUGCUCUAAAGUAGCAAAGUGAACAAAAUAUGUGAAAAGGGUGAGAGACCAUCUUUCUAUGUUUAGCACAUUAAAUAUUUGUGAGAAACAUGAAGUGUUUCCUCAUCAGUAAUGUUUGUAUAUUUAUCAAAAUGUCAGGGACAGGAGUCCUUAUGGUUUUUUUUUUGGUUUUUUUUUUGUGUAGUUUUUCCUUUUGUAUCUGAAAUUGACACAACCAUUAAAUUCUAAUAAUGGCACUAGAGCUCACUAACAGGCUCUCAGAAAUAAAUGAGUUUGCCAUCUAUACAUUAGAAUGGUUAGUGAUUAUUGCUUUACAACAAGUACUGAAAUGUGAUUUACCCUUUUUAUCCAAUAACUUUAAAUAUUCCGACCUGUGUAACUAUCACUCUAUUUUGGCAUCUCUUCUUACCAGUGUGUCAUGCUGGCUUGAUUGGUCAUCUCGCAUAGUACUGGUCAGCUCAAUGUAAAUACAUGCUGAUCUGGCUCUUCACUUUUCUUUGCAAGAAUCCCAGUGCUACUUGCACACAUGUACAUCAGCUGAUCUGCCUACUAACUCCAUUAUUUGAGGUAGAGAUCCCAUUUUGUGGGUCAUAGUAACUAUAGCUGUUUAAUUUUUUGGCAAACAAAUAUGGCAUAUAUCGGCAAACCUGGUAAGUCUAUGGAUUUUACUCAGAUAUUUAUUUCUGACAACUCUUUGCUGGAUCUUUUCUGAAUACAGGGAGAGUGCUGUAACUUUGCCACCAAAUUGUAUAUCUGCCCACUUUUUAUUGGUUCCAUUUUCUUAUGAGCCAACCUUGCUCAGUUUCAAUAGGACAUCAUUCUUUCUGCUGCCAUAAGAGAAGAAAGAAAGAUCUUCGAUUUAGGGGACCAUGUUGCGUGUGGGAAAGUGCAGUUAUUUUCUGAAUAAAGUUGUAAAUAUACAAAAAAAUAGACUUUUAUAGUAAUUGAUGGCAAGAUUAAUUUUCAAUUAGAUUACUUUUUUGAGGGUGGUGUUUUUUUUUUUUUUUUCUAUCAUAAUUUUGUUUUACCUCUAGAUUGUAAGAUCUCAUCUGCUCUACUAUGCCAUUCCAUAGUCCGCAUCAAGGGAUAAGCUGAUCCCUCUUAGACAGGUUGAGAAAGACACCUUAUUUUAGUAGUGUUUUUUUUUUUUUACACUUGUAUAUACAUUUUUGGUAACAUAUAGUAUAUAUGUUUACCUUUAAUUUCUUAGGAUUAUUAUUAUUUUAACAUCCUGCCCUUGCCUAUCCUGUAUCUGGUCUCUAAAUAUCUCUUACCACACACACUAUGAUUCUUUGACACCUGCACUAUUCUUCUUGGAACCUGUUGGUUCUGACAUUUUGGAUUUGCCCUUGACUGUGGUUACAGAUUCCAAAGUAUUUAUUUAUUAAGUGUUCUUGCAUAGCAAGACCACUUAAUGUUAUCUCACAUAUAUAUUAUUAUUAUUCGUAUUCCUAUUAUAGCCAAAUUUACCAUCCUAACUCCUCCCACAGUUUUUACACUACAUAGACAGUAAUAUACCGAAACGUGCAGAUUGUUCCCGAUUGGAUUGCUAUUAGUUUGUGGAAAGUUUCGCCGAAUGGUUCACGGAAUAUUGUCAUUCUUGUGGCGAAAUGGGUCCCAUAGGAAUGAAUGGCAAAAUGUUCAAAACUAGAGUGGGAUCUGGCAAAAGCUGAAAAAUCAGGACAUGAUUUCUAAACUGCCACCACUCCCUUAUUUUCAGGCCCACCUACACAAAUCUUAUAUCAAAAUGUUCAGCUAUCCCUGCUGCCACUAAAAAUGUCCACGACUAAGCCAUAGUCCUGAUAGUUUUCACAAUAAUGACCAUUUGUUUGCAACUCACGCCGUCCAUUGACAUUCAUUGAAACCCCACUCUAGCCAGCUUAAACUUGAAGGUCAAUUUCUAAACUGCGACUGUGCCUUCAUUUUUAAUAUUUCAGAGACAUACUAUUCAUCAAAAUUUAGGUCUGUGUCUUGUGAUUCACAAUAUAAAGCUCUUCGCUGUAGGAUGUAUAGUUUUUAAAAUACGACCGUUUGAAGAUGGCAACCGCCAAAAUACUCUGACCUGUGCCAGGCUGCAGCAGCAAGUGAUGUCAUAGACAGGGCCUUUUGUACAACUGCUAAUGUUUUUAUAAAUGUAUGUUUUUUGUUUUUUUAAAUUCUUUAUUUUGUUAUGCAAAAAAGAUCACAAAUUGGCUUGCACUGCUACAACUGCAUGUGUGAGCCCAAAAUUGGUAUACAUUUGAAAACAAGCACAUAGCAGGUGAGGAACAUUGCACAUUUUUUUUUUUUUUUUGUAAAUAUAAACAUAGCUAGGUUGCGCAGCAUGCAUAGACAUCAAUUUAAGCAUUGGUAUUGAUUGCCAGAGGUGUGUCAGUAUUGCGGGCGGAGUACUGUUAUAGUGUAAGUAGAGAACCAAGCGGGUCUAGUUUUGGAUGUCCUGUUAGAAAAACCUCUUUUGAGAGACAGUGGGUCCUAAGCUUCGUCUGCUCCUUGUCGUGUUAAUUUGAGUAUUCUAUUGGGGCCCUAUGAGUUUCAUCCCUGUAGUUUACUUGCCCCAUAGGGUAUUUGUUAGUCACCUAGUGUGGACCUUGAGCUAUAACCGAAGAGAAGUUGUUAAGAAGUCACUUAUCUGCAGGUUACUAUGCUCCCUACUGGGUGCUGGUGGAUAAGUUCGUAUAGUGGUUCCCUUGUGGAGGUAUGGUAGGGGGGGGGGGAGGUAUGUGUGGGCCGAUUGAGAGAUACUAGGUCUGAGGGUUAUGAGCGGAUUAGUACUCGAGUAUUUUCAAGGUAGUGUGAUAACUAGUCGGUGAGGACUUGGCGACAGUUACUGGUGAAACAGCGCCAUGCAGUUACGGUAGUGCAUUUAGGAAACUUAAACCAUUAAAAUAAAACAAGAAGAAAACAUUAAGAAAACAUUAAUGCUGAGGAACGAGAAAGAGUUGUCAUAGAAGCCUGGUAGGCAACAAACAGUCCGGCACAGCAGUUGGACAUCCAUGCUGGCAUACCAUCCCUGGCUCGGUCUUCUCGUUGGUGUUCAGGUCGGCAUCGCGUUCAGGGUCGGUCUUGGAGUAAAGACCACAAUGUUUGCAGGGUUGAUGUGGAGCAGAGUCCCGCUUGCCCCAUUCGGGGUGGUGGUAAGACUAAGAGAACGCAGGUGCGCUUCUAAUUCUUGUAGGCUCCGUGCUUUGUAGGUAGUCCCUCAAUGGGUGAAUAGCAGUGCUCGCGGGGUGCCCCAUCGGUAUGGGAUGUUUUUGGUGCGGAGGUGUUGAAGCUGCGGCUGCAGUGAUUUUCUUCAGGCCUGGGUACUUUUUGUCACGUCUGGAAAGACUAGGAGCGUGGCCCCUUCAAAGGUUAAGGGGGUUUUCCCUUUUAUUGCGGCUGAGAAGGUGUUCUUGUCCUGGAGGUUUUGGAAGCGGAGGAUGAGGUCCGCCGGUGUUGCUUGUGGUACCUGUGCAGGCUUGGGAAGCCGGAACAUCCCGUCUAGCUUUAUGGCCUUGGCCUGUUUGGGCAACAUCAAAGCUUCAAACAGGCGUCUGAUGAAGUGGGGUAAGUCCUUGAGGCCUACGGUCUCCGGUAUGCCUCUAACUUUUAAAUUGUAUCUUCGUCUUUGGUCUUCGAGUGAGUUUACUCGUUUUUCAGCAGCUAGUUGCCUGUCUUGGAGGUCUGCCAGUGAUUGCUCCACCAUCGUGAUUCGGGCGUCAUGGACAUUGGAGGUGGCUUCGAGUUGUGUGGCUUUGGCCUUGACGCCUUCUAUGGCGGUGUUGUAGUGGGCCCUGUCCGCGGCCAGGUCUUUCCGCACGUCCGCAAACAUGGCUUUAAGCAGGUCCGCCGUCACCGGUUCCCCGGCUUGCAGGGGCUUAUCUGCCCUUUUCAGCGGUGGGUCAUAGGAGGCUCCCUCCUCGAGAUCUAUGGAGGCCUCGUCGGAUGAGCACGAGAACUCAUCCCUGAGCGCCAUCUUGGCCCAUGCGGUCUGCUGUGAGUUCCGUAGCAGUUCCCCAAUAUCUUUGCUGAUCGGGCACUUGUCGGCUCGGGGCUUUUUAGUUUUUCUGCCCAUCGUCUGCCUUUGCGUUGCGUGUAUGAUAUGGGGUCAGUUUUGGCUGAAAAAGCCUGUUUUAACACGGUUUCAGCAGAAUAGGGCUCGGAGUUCAGAGAGUUGCGUCCGCUCUGGUUCUCAGUUAGCCUAUAAAUGUAUGUUUUAAUGUAACUGUGAAGCACUUUGGGCAACAACGUUGCAAUUAAAUGUGUUAUAUAAAUAAAUAAAAGUUGAAAUGCAUUUCUCACUCUAUCAAGCUUGCCAUGUGCACUUUUUAAAUGUGAUCAAUCAAUUGGUUAGUGUAAUGUUUACUAUCUUUACUCACUCCAAAAACUCCAUACAGUUACUCUGCACACUCCAUAAAGUUACUCUGCCCAGUUCAACCUUUCCACAGUUACUCCAGCCACUCCAACCACACAACAGUUACUCCAGCCACUUCACCCAGUUACUCCGCACACUCCAGUUGUAGACUACUGGUGGAGGCAAGAACACUUCACACAAUUUCCCCAGAAAUUGUUGCUUUUCUAGUUUAGGAUUAUUGUAGUUUGAGUUGAUCCCCAUGAUCUCAUGCACUUCCAAGUAGCUUGUAUACCUUGCAGGCUUUUCGCAGAAGUUUUUAUAGGUGAAUUUCUUCCUGAAUUUGUUCUCCAGCUCUAAAUAACCUUAUAAUUGUCAUAAACCACAUAUGUGGUAUUCACCUCUAUUGUCUAAAGCCAGUUUUGCUCAUUUAAAGGGGUAAUUGAUAAUUGGUUGUUUAAUGUAGCCAGUUUCAUUGCAGGUGGCACACUAGAAACAGUCAUUACACAGGAUGAACACCUACCAGAAGAAACGAUUAGGGAUUUUGGCAUUGACAUAAUUUCUGCACUGCAUCAUAUCCAUGAACUUGGUAUUCUAUUUUGUGACCUUACUCCUCGCAAGGUAAGAUGCUCGUAAAAUUAGUACUUUAUUACGCUUAUGAUCAUUUCAGAGUGUAUAUUUACGGUUUGCCUAGUAACUGUCCUCUGCUGUGGAUAAAUAUUGUCUAAUAAAGGGGACCAGUGUACAUGGGAUAUAUAAAACUGUGGUUAAGGCACUGACUCACACCAUAAUUAGGAAAUUGUUUUAAAGGAACGCAGCUUGAUGUUGACCUCAUUUGUGUUAUUAUUUUUAUUAUUGGCAUUUAUGUAUUGGCAACUUAUUCUGCAAAGCUGUGCGAUAUUGUAAGUAGAGAAUUUUAACAAUAAAUGAGACAAUGUUACUGGGAUAAUAGGUUUAUGCGGACCCUGCUUGUAAAAGCUUACAACUUAAAGGACUGAUAGUGUUAUUGAAUAAAUUAAAGGGGCACUAGGCUGGAAUUGACCAAUUAUGUUUCUAAUGCACUAUAAAAUAAAUAAGAAAAGUUGAAGGUGCUGAAUUUGCAAUACAUUCUCAGGCUUUACAUGGCAAGCAGUUAGCAGCACACAGCUAUACAUCCAUCCAUACAUACAUACAUACAUACAUGAUCAGUCAAUUUUGUAUGGCGUUGAUUGUAUCUCAUAAAUUCUUGCACAGCAGGGCUUUUUUGGCAGAACAUAGGUUUCUUGAAGUUGUACACUGUUUAUCAGAUUUAUACUUCUGAAAUCUGCUGGCUGAACUGCAACCUUCCUGAUGACAUGGACAGCUAUCACUUUGGAGGGAAAUACUGCUAUUUAGAAAAGAGGGCAGCAUGAAAGUUGCACCAUAGUGCACUAAAUAGAAUAUAUUACGAAAGUGGUUGUUUCAUAUCACUUUUACUAUAAUCAGGUGUAACUUCAAUAGAUGAGGGGAGGAAGGGCAAGAGUAAAUUGGGGUGCAAAAUUGAAACAUUCAGUAAAGGUUUGUGACUUGAUGUUACUAGACCCGAUGAUGGUUAAUCCAAAUUUAUGCAGAUCUAACCCUUCUAAAUGAGGUAUAAGGCUUUUAGUAGCAUUAAGUAUUGGUGCAGAAAGUAUUUCCUAUAGGUUUUAUAUAGAGCUGGAUAGUGGAGCAAAAGUAGAACUGAGGAAAGGUGUGUCUCAUCAUCAGAUAUGAGCAUAACAUCUCAAAUGUGUUCCCGAAAUGUAAAUAACUUAGAACAGUCCCACUAGAGAUGUACAUAUUUACUAACUUCUAAUACCAGCUAGUGGGAUAUGGUGAAGUUAUACGAAAUGGUUCGAAGGUGUCCAAUGAAAAGGUUUUGGAGGAUUUAUGCUUCGUCCACCUUUUCUUAAUUUCAGACAUUUGUCCUCCAGGUUGGAUCUGUUUGCUCGCCAUGCAUUCAUAGUUUAAGUUCGUGGAGAUCUGAGUGUAUCACGAGAUGGGGAGUCUCUGGAAAUUUGGCUUUUUGAUGUUUAAAGGGGACCGUUCAGUUUGGCUUUUAUGUGUGGGGCUCUGACCCUCACUCUUUCAGUCAUUUUUUUUCUGACAACGUAGGAUGAAGUCAAACAAAUAUAUUUUUGGGAGAUCAAAAAGGACAAAAAAAAUAACAUUUUUCGGCCUAGAGGCUUAGUCAUGUAUCAUACAUGACUAUAGCCUCUAGGCCGAAACAUACUUUUUUUUUUUGUUGUUGUUCUUUUUAGUUAGUGGAACCAAGAUAAUGCCAUUUAAAUAAUUAGGAUCACUGACAAUUGUAAGGAACUACUAAAAUAGAUCAAUUAAUUUUACUUUUGGAGAAUGUUGCGCUACUGCUCUGUCAUCUUAGAUUAUAAUUGAAUGUCUUACAAGUCCUAGUGUGGUCCCUGAUUUUUCACUUACUCUAGGAUCAAGGAAUUUGGACAUAUCACAUCAUUAAGGAAAUAUGGAGAUAUGUGCAUUUCAUGCCUGUGAUCCUUUCAAUUAAGUGUUUGUAUCAGGAGAUGCUUUAAUUGGUAUUUUUAAUAUUUCCUAUCUUUACAGAUUCUUCUUGAUGGACCAGGCACUUUAAAAUUGACAAACUUCAGUUUGUCCAAAGCCCAAGGAGAAAAUCUUGAAGAGUUUCUUGCAAUGAUCAGAUCUGAAGAGAAUGUCUUAGAUCCUGAAGAAUCUACCCCUAGAAGAAGCUUGAGAAACCGUAUUAAAGGUAAUGGCGAAUUAAGUCAGUACCUGAUUUAUUUAAUGUUUUUUUUUUAUUAUUUAUUUAUUUCCCCUCCAUCCCCCCCCCAAGGCUCAUGUAAAACAGAUAUGGCAAAUGAGUAUGUUUCGCAAUAAGCCUCUUGGAUUUUGCGUUGCAUAUUUAUAGUUACAUAAAAUAUGAAUGUAAUUUUUCUUAGUGAAACACUGUAUGAAAUUCUUGACUUUGCAGAUGCAAAGAAAAAAGUUACAUAUUGCAUAUUUAAGCCCUGCAAUUUUUUAAAAUUUAUUUUUGAGAUGUCUUUAGAGUUGAUCCUCUGUCUGCAAAUCCCGAGGAUUAAUGAAAGCUACAACAUUUUUAGAAGGAACUGUGUUAAAUAGAACCCUUACAUUUCAUAAUAAAUUUUGCUUCUAAAUUCUAAAAAAUAGAUCAGCCUUCAAAAUUACAUUAUUUUAAAUUGUUAUGUUUUAUGCUGUCCUGCAGGUUCUCCUGUCUAUGUGGCUCCAGAAGUAAUAAAGGGAGCAGAUUAUUCCACAGCUAGUGAUUUAUGGUCAUUUGGCUGUGUGUUAUACGAAAUGUUCACAGGUUAGUUCUAUUACAUGUAUAAUUUGAAUUAAAAUGAUAUAAAUAUUCUGAUCAAUCAUGCAUGUUUUUUUUAUUUAUUUUUAUAAUCGAUUUUUUACUUAGAAUCUCAAGAAGUACAUAUAUGCAUAUAACUAUGGAAACUGCACAGCCGUACAUAUAAAUGCAUCACUGAUUAGCAUUAAAGGGACACACAAAGCCUAAAAACAAACUAAAGUGGUUCUGGUGUGUAGCUCAUGCUCCUUCAGUCUCAUUGCUCAAUUCUCUGCCAUUUAGGGUUUAUAAAUUCUAAAGUAAAACUACUGUGCUAUAAGAUCUGUUUGAAAGUGAAAGCUGCCUUUUCUUUUCAUGAAGACUCCGGAGCCAGGGGAGUUGUGACUAGGGCUGCAUAAACAAAGUAAUUUUACUGGCGUGACACUGCAGGGGCAUGAUUUAUACACCAAAACAGCUUCAUAAAGCUAAGGUUGCUUUUGGGACUUGGAGUAUACCUUUUUAAAUGUGUAUAUGAGGCUUGUAUGAAAGAACUGUUGUUAAGAGUUGUUUAUUGUGGUCUGAGUCAAUAUAUAUACAUUAUAUGUAUUAACCCUGUGCAAGCCAGUUCAGCUAAGACAUGUAUCAAAAAUCACUUAUGCAUCAGCAAGCAGUCAGUAAGGGAGGCUUGCCAAACAUAACGUCAUAAAAUGAAAACAGUUAUAAGCUCUUAUCACCAAAUGUUUUUAUAUGGUCCUCAGACUAUCAGCUCAGAAAGGUAUUCAGGACUGUAUCCAUCUGAUCCUAUUCUUUGGUCUGUAGAACAUUGUUCAGUGAUUUCCCACAUUUUCACUUGGUUUUGAAUAUAACUCUUCUUGACAGUCUGCUUGUUAAUCUAUUUUUACUGUAACAAAUAUUGAUGUUAUGUAUGAAAGGCAUAGGCGUGCGCAGCCUAUUGCAUAAGGGUGUGCACCUUAAAGCACAAACACACACGCCGUAUUGUGUGUGUAUGUUUAAAAUAUAUAUAUAUAUAUAUAUAUAUAUAUAUAUAUACACACACACACAUAGCAGAAAUGACCGCACUCCAAGGACUUUAUAGAGAUUUUCAAAUAAAAUUUAACUUUUUUAUUCAAUCUAUUUAAAAAGUCAACUUUUCAGCUCCCACAAGGAGCUUUCAUCAGGACAAAACAUCAGCACUGGGCACCACAGGAUUACACCAGGAGUGCAAGCCCUCGCUAUAUAUAUAUAUAUAUAUAUAUAAUACAUUGAUGUGUGUGUGUGUGAGGACACUCUGUGUGUCAGGGUGCUGUGUGUAAGGGUGCUGUGUGUGGGUGCUGUUAGUGUGUUUGUGCUGUUAGUGUGUAAGGGUGAUGUGUGUAUUGUGUGGGGUAGGGGUGGGGGGACGUUUAGUUAAUAUCCCCCCUCCCUUCUUACCUUUAUGUAGGGAGGGGGGACCAUUCUGCUGCCAUCCCUGGUGGUCCAGUGGUGAGUGAACUCUAGCCCCGCAAGCGGCUAGAGUUCACUCUUGCGAGAUCUGAGCGUUGGCUAGAGCUCCCUGGGUCCUCUCCUGCCUCCCCCCAUGCUGCUGUGACUUUUUUUUUUUUUUUUUUUACAUCUUGUUACUUAACUUUUCAUAUUUAGCAGUGUAUACAGUUUGCACUUGAGUAAGUAACUGCCCAGAUAGUCUAACUUUGAGUCCAUUGAUUCUCCAUCAGCAAAAAGCAUGACAUUUGUUUAUUGGUACAUAAUACAAUUUAAAAUUAUCCAUGGUACAAUUUUUAAAAUUAUAUUUUGAAAAUUUCUGAAAAUCUUAACAUCUCAAAUGACACUAAAUUUCUUAGUUGUCAUAUUGUUACGUAAUGUAACUUCUUUCAGUGAAUUCAAAGUUUUGAUUUGUUGUUUAUUUAGCAAAUUAAUAUACUAACAUAAACCGGUGUUAACAGGUCACCCGCCAUUCUUCUCAGAAAGUUUCUCUGAACUGAUUGACCAAAUUGUAAAUGAAGAUUUUCCACAACCUCAAGGUACAUUAAACAUAACAUGGUUGUUUUCCAAAUUGUUGGUUUUCCCAUGAGACUUCACACAUUUGAGUCAAUGCUCUAAAUCAGUGGUUCUUAACUCUUGGAUGAUCAUCAUAUCCAUGAGGCUAAAUUAAACUUAUCACAGUCAUUUUUGUCUUUUUACUGUAGCAGUGCACCUAGGUGGUAAUCUACAUGAUUUGGGUCCCUGUCCACAAAAAUUAAGUAACAUUGCUAUAGUGGUUACAACUACACAAAAAAGUAGGUUAACAGUACAUUAAAGGAACUCUAUAGGGUCAGGAACACAAAUGUUUAUUCCUGACACUAUAGUAGUAAAAACUCUGUUUACCUCGUUGCCCCCUUAAAUAUAGUAAAAACUCUCCUUUUUUCAAGUGCUGCACAGGUCUGCCGGUGCUGGCUCCGGCCUCAACCCGCCACCUUGGCUGACAUAAUCAGAAUUGAUGGAAAGCAUUGGAUUGGCUGAGAUUGUCACUUCUUAUGAUCUCCGUCAAGGAGGUGGGUCCAGGGAGGAACCAAAGGCCACCCUGGCCAAUCAGCAUCUCUUCAUUAAGCUGUAGUUCUGGUGACAAUAGUGUCCCUUUAAAUGCAAAACAAGAUAACGUUUUUAUUAUACAGGAACACUACUCAUCAGUUAAAAUUAAUAUUUGGUAAGGUACCAAACAAAGUGGGUAAACUUAGCAUACCAAACAGUUGACCUAUAUAGAAAAUCUCCACAAGCAUGUCAGGGUUCCUAGAGUGAACUCGAAAAGAACCUGCUAGUAAUAUUCCUUCUAGUACGAUCCAAUAAAAAGUGUGGGAUACCCCUAUUGAAACAAAAAUAUUUAGUAUAUGAUAAGUCAUGUUUUGUGUGACUCAUCCACCUGCUUAAUGGAUGAUUUUAGCAGAUUUUCCUAUUAAAAGUUGUUUUAAAUGUUUUGGUACGGUUUUAAAAGAGUGGCAAUGUACAAAAAAAAACAGGAAGAGACAUUUAAAUGUGCACUCCAGUCACCAUAACAGAUCCAACCUUCUGUAGUAGUUAUGGUUCCAGCAUGUCCCUGCAGUCAUCCCCAAUUUUCUUUCAAACCAUAUGAGUGGUUCUGACCACUUGUGUGGCUUGUUGCUUUUGUGGAAGUGUAGCUGCCAUAUUUGAUCAGUAUUGGCUGAGCUAGCAAUGUUGAUGUUUAAUGUGGAAGUGAAAUUUCUGCAAUAACAUUAAAAUAUUAAUGGUCUUUUCUAAGAUUAAUAUUGUAUACCCACGAAACUGUACUCUGUCGCAUUAUGUAUCUAUUUUAUUUAUGCAUUUAUUUUGCACUUGUUACAUUUUAGGACUAUUAGCUGCCAACCCAUCUUCAGACUUCCUAGAUUUACUCACACGCUUGCUUAAUAAGGAUCCUCUCCAACGGUAG